GUGUCGUCGUCGUUGGCCCCCCCCUCCCCCCCCCCCCCGCACCCAAGGGUGCUGGCCCAACCCUGGACACAGUCCAUUGUCCUUGCACCGCCCAUGGUGAUGACGUUGGAUCCUGGGAAAGAAGAAAACAGGGAGGAGGAGGAGGAAGAGAAGGAGAAGGAGGAGAAGGGUGUGCACCGGGUGGUGCGGGGUGGGAUGAAGGCUCAGAACCCCGAUGCCGCCGCCAGGGAUGUGGGUGCUGGGGGUGCUGGGGCUGGCGCUGAGCUGCCGGGGCGCAGGUGCUUUCGUGAUGCACGUUGCCAGCACCUGCGCGCUGGCGGCCAACGGCUCCGAGCAGGGCUUCGACUUCACCCUGGUCUUCAACAAGAACCAGCUGGUGUGCUACGAGCCCAGCGCUCGCUUCUUCUACCCGUGCCACUGGGGGCUGCUGCACGGCGUCGCCACUGCCUUGGCCAUCCUCUUCAACAACAGCACCUUGGUGCAGCGCGUCGAGGCUCGGCGCCAGGCCUGCCACGACCUGGCCCCCCGCUACUGGGCUCAGACGGCGCUGCGGCGGACGCCGCCCCAGGUCCGCGUUGUCCCUACGCCCCUCACCAAUGUCCCUGAUGCCGUCCUCCUCACCUGCCACGUGUGGGGCUUCUACCCGCCCGAGGUGACCAUCCAGUGGCUGCACAACGGCGACGUCGUGGCCUCGGGGGACACCGCCAAGCUCCUGCCAGCCGGCGACUGGACCUACCAGACGCAGGUGGCCCUGACGGCCACCACCACGACUGGGGACACCUACACGUGCUCGGUGCAGCACGCCAGCCUGGAGCAGCCCCUCCGGGAGAACUGGAGUCCUGGUUUGUCCCGCAAGAUGACGGUGAUGGUGGCGGUGGCAGCCACGAUUAUGACUGUGGGGUUGGUGGUCCUGGCCGCCGGCAUCUUUGUCUACUGCCACCAGCCUCAGGCACAGGGUCCACUCGGUGCUGAUGCUGCUCCUGGUCCUGGUCCUGCUCCUCAUCCUGGUCCUGCUCCUCAUCCUGGUCCUGCUCCUCAUCCUGGUCCCUGUCCUCCUGGUCCUGGUCCCCACCCGGGUCCCCACCUGGCCGAGUGGGGCCAGGCUGUGACCAAGCUCUGAAUUGGAGCCCCCCCCCGCGCUGCCUCCCUCCCUCUCCAAUUUGGGGUCUUGUGGGAUCGCCCCCCCCCCCCACGGACCAAGCCUGGGGACACCCAAUUUUGGGGGUGUGAGGGGCCGGGGGCUCGCCCCCCCCCCAAAUAAACCAAGUGGGGACCCCGA